GGGACGAAGCCGAGUCACAGAGAAAUUGCACCACUCCUGAGCUAGGACAGGCAAGCUUGACAGCUGGCCAUGCCAAUAGCAGUGGAGCCGCUGGGAGUUAGGGCGGGCCGGGUUGGAGACCGGAGACUGCAGAUGCAGUUCUAAGGACAGCUUCCAUUAGUCAUGGACUGCUCACAGGAUACUCUUAGAUGGGCCAUGUGUAAUGGAAUUCCACCUGAUAAGAAAAGCAACUCUCUUGUGGCUGAAGAACAUGGGCAACAAAUUUUAAAUGUACUACAGAAUUUUAGAGAGAAGAAUGUCUUUUAUGAUUUUAAGAUAAUCGUAAAAGAUGAAAUAAUCCCAUGCCAUCGUUGUGUAUUAGCAGCAUGCAGUGACUUUUUCAGGGCUAUGUUUGAAGUAAACAUGAAAGAACGAGAUGAUGGGAGUGUCACCAUUAGUAAUUUGUCCCCCAAAGCAGUGAAAGCUUUUCUUGAUUAUGCCUAUACUGGAAAAACAGAAAUAACAGAUGACAAUGUGGAAAUGAUCUUCCAGUUGUCAUCAUUUCUUCAAGUUUCAUACCUUUCCAAAGCUUGCAGUGAUUUUUUAAUAAAAAGUAUUGAUCUUGUCAAUUGUUUACAGUUGUUAUCAAUAUCAGAUAGCUAUGGUGCUUCACAUUUGUUUGACCAUGCACUCAAAUUUGUACAGCAUCAUUUUUCUCUGCUACUCAAAUCCACAGACUUUUUAGAAAUUAAUUUUGGAGUAUUACAAAAAUGUUUGGAAGCAGAUGAAUUAAAUGUUCCUGAAGAAGAAUCUGUGUUGAAAGCAGUUCUUAAUUGGACCAAACAUAACCUGGAAUCAAGGCAAAAGCAUCUGCCUCAUUUGAUGAAAAAAGUACGCUUACAUCAAUUAUCUGAGGAGACUCUACAGGACUGCCUCCUCUCGGAAGAUCAUUUACUCAAAAGCACCAAGUGCUUUGACAUAAUCAGGGAUGCAAUUAAAUGUGUGCAACGUUCCAGUGGACUCUUUCCAGAUGCACGUCCAUCCACAACUGAAAAAUAUAUAUUUGUUCACAAAACUGAAGAAGCAGGAGAAAACCAGCACACAUUUUGCUAUAAUAUUAAAACAGAUAAAUGGAAAGUGCUGCCACAGACUCACAUGAUUGAUUUGCCAGGGUCUAGUCUAUCUAGUUAUGGAGAGAAAAUAUUCAUGACAGGUGGUUGCAAAGGUAAAUGUUGCAGAACUGUUCGACUUCAUAUUGCUGAGUCAUAUCAUGAUGCCACUGAUCAGACUUGGUGCUACUGCCCAGUCAAGAAUGACUUCUUCUUAGUAUCAGCAAUGAAAAAACCAAGAACCAUGCACACAUCCGUUGUGGCUCUCAAUAAAUUGUUUGUCAUAGGUGGAAAAACUAGAGGAGCUCAGGACAUUAAAAGUCUGUUGGAUGUUGACUCUUACAAUCCUCUUUCCAAAGAAUGGUUAUCUGUAAGCCAUUUGCCUAGAGGCAUAUACUAUCCAGAAGCAAGUGCUUGCCAAAAUGUGAUUUAUGUUCUAGGAUCUGAAGUAGAGAUUACUGAUGCCUUUAACCCAUCUCUUGAUUGCUUUUUUAAAUAUAAUGCCACAAUUGAUCAGUGGUCUGAACUAGUAGCAGAAUUUGGCCAGUUUUUUCAUGCAACAUUAAUCAAGGCAGUACCAGUAAAUUCCACACUGUAUAUAUGUGACCUUUCUACCUACAAGGUUUAUAGUUUUUGUCCAGACACAUGUGUUUGGAAGGGGGAAGGAUCUUUUGAAUGUGCAGGAUUUAAUGCAGGUGCAGUUGGAAUUGAAGAUAAAAUUUACAUAUUAGGUGGUGAUUAUGCUCCAGAUGAAAUUACAGAUGAAGUGCAGGUCUACCACAGCAACAGAUCUGAGUGGGAAGAAGUAUCACCAAUGCCAAAAGCAUUAACUGAGUUUUAUUGCCAAGUGAUUCAAUUCAAUAAAUACAGGGACCCGUGGUUUUCUACUUAUUUGUAUUAAAAGCAUGUAAUAGAAUCUCUUUCUAAAACUAUUUCAAUUCCAAAAGAUAUUUACAGUACACUCUGCUAUCUGGCAUGAUUGGAGAAAGACUUGUACUAGUUAAGCAAAAACUAUGGUUAACUGAGAACUACCACUUAAAUUCAUAAAGAUGCCUGUUAUUUAUAUGUAAAUGCAUACAUUUGUGUACAUACAUAUGUAAUACAUAGUGCAUAUGCACAUAUAGUUACCAGUUCUCUAAAAAAAAAUAGAAAAACGGAAAAAAAUCAUCUAAUACCAAACAUCAGGUGUGGCCAGAAACAACCUACUUUGUUAUAAAGAUGUUGUAAACUAUUGGUAGAAGGAGGAUCAACUCAGGGAAAUUAAAGAUCCUUGAGAUAUUGGGGAAAAAAUAACACUAAAACUAUGCUGAGGAUAAUUUAAUCUUACUCUGAGUAAGUGUCAUGUCUGCAAGAAAGACUUUAAAUAUACCAAAGGCAUCAGCUUAGAUUAUUUCAUUAUUUAAGUACCUAAUCCAUGGAAUUUUGUUCAAAGUAUAAUAAAACCAAAGCUUACUGACCUUGGCCAUUAGAAAAAAACAAACCAUCUAAAUGCUUUUUAAAACAGGCAAAAUGUAUCAUAAAAUGUUAUGUAAGUUAUUUUUAAAACCAUUAGAAAUGGUUGAUACUUCUUAAAUUCCCAUUUUUUCUUUAGGAAAAAGCAAGAAGGUUCUGGAAAGUGGAAAUGGGAGGAGUGAAGAACAGUUAUUUUGGAUAUUAGUAAGGAAACAAUUCUAUAUUCUUUGUUUUGACUCCAGUGCUAUUGCCAUAGGAUACU